AUGGCCAAAGAAAAGAUCAAAGGCGCAAAAGGCGUGCCUAACAGGCACCUCCAUGCGCGAGUCGCAUUUCUUCACCAAGCAGCGUUGCAUCUAGCACGUGCUUCGAAGGACUCGCAAGAUCAUGCGGAUGCYUCGCUCACUCGUGCACCUCCAUCGGAUGGAUUGGACACAUCGUCAGUCGCGGGAGUCAAACCAUCACAUUCCACCACUACAGGUCUUCCUCACCAUCUUUCCUCUCAGCUGCGUCAGGUCGCUUUAAAGGCUCAAAUCCGCCUGGACACUUCGGUCAAGCGCGGCUUUUGCAAGACUUGCAAUKGAGUUCUGCUCGAGGGAGAGACAUGCUAUAAAUUCACCGAGAAUCUGUCUCGCGGUGGUCAAAAGCCGCAUGCAGAUAUGCUGGUGCUGGAAUGCAUGGCAUGUGGGACCAAGAAGCGGUUUCCCACGACCACAAUGCGCCAGAGAAAGAAAGGUGAGAGGAGGAAGAUCUCUUCAGCUGACGCCGGAGUAGCUGUCAUUUCUCCGUCCAAAUGA